AGUGCAUAGCAGCCAAACCUCCAUUCUGUGAGGCCUUCCUUAUAUCAAGAUACAAGUGCAGUUGUCAAACUCACUCGAUAAAAGAUAGCACAUUUGUUGCUGUCGUUUUAGUGCUACUAAGUCUUGGUCUACUGUUUUCUCGGAAACAUAAAUUUCGUCAUCAUUUUACAUGCAAUGGUGUCAUUAACAGGAAAUGUACUUUUCACAGAGAAGGUGAAAGAACUCAUUCCCAAUGAAAGCGACAGGGAACAGAUCUUUGAAUCCCUUCGGACUUAUCAGUCGUCCCAGGAGCUGCAUGAUCUGCUUACCGAGCUGAGAAGGCUUCUGAAUGAACCUUCUAAACUGGAGCUGUAUGAACACAUCAGACCGCUUGUGAUGCCCAAGCACCAGCUGGAGUACAGCCAGAAAACCCCGCAGACUCCAGGCAUCAAACUCAGGGUCAUCCGACUCAAACGCCAAGCUGGAGAAACUCUCGGGUUUGCGGUCAGGGGAGGGUUUGAACAUGGUGUUGGUGUGUUUGUGUCUCACGUGGACCCUACAUCACAGGCCAGCAAGAGAGGACUCAAGGCUGGAGAUGAGAUUGUUCGUGUCAAUGGCUACACAAUUGCUGAAGCCAUACAUGAGGACGUCCUCAACCUCAUCAAGUCCCGCGAGGAAAUUGUCCUCAAAGUCACACAUAUUGGAAUGCUUCCUGUGAAGAACAGCCCCAAGGAAUCAGUCUUUUGGAACUAUGUGGAAUCUCUGGACUCCUCCAAGGCCUUGCAAGAGAUUCUGGACAAGGACGAACCAUUGCAGAAGAGAGGUCUCUUAGGCACAGAGCUGAAAAUCUUUAUCAACACGACUGGAGUCAGCUCCAUAGGAUGUGGGAUUGUUAGUGGGCCAUCUCACUUCCCAGGAAUCUUUGUGGAGAAGGUGCGGCCGGGGGGACUGGCAGAAGAGGUUAACUUGGAGGUCGGGGAUCAGAUUGUAGAGGUCAAUGGAACAAGUUUCCUGGGAAUCACCCACAAAGAGGCUGUGGUCACCCUGAAGAGUAGUACCCAGCUGAACAUGGUCAUCAAAAAGAAAGUUGGGCUGCCAUUGUUCCAACAUGGCCGACAGAGACAGAGGAAGCCAGAGCCAGCUGCCAGUUUUAAGCCUACUAUUGUGUCUGAGGAGCCUAUAGCUACUCCUGCGCCUGAUUCACGGACAUCGUUUCGUACUAUCCAAGAGACCAAUCAGGUUGUGAGCAGCAGCACUCCUGAGCCACCAGACAUUCCUUCGUUGGAUCAAGAAGAGCUGAUUCAGCAGCAUCUCAAAUCAAACCGACCAAAAUUCAUGACAACUGUGAUGGUUGAAACACCCCACCAACAGCCACCACAGGAGGAGCCCCACCUCCCACCACCUCCUCCCCCAGAAGAACUAGAGGCUAUGACCUCAUUCUCAGCAUGGUCAAGUGAGAGUGAUGCUGUUGCUGACACUGAGGCUCCAAACCAGGUUGAAACUCCGACUGAAGAUUGGCAUGAAGAAAUGACAUUCUCACGUCAGCCUGUGCAGCUUGGUGGGAAGGCGGCUAUCUUAGCUGCCCGUCAAGCCAAGAAUAUGGGGCCAACUCUCCUCGGGCCUAGCAACAUGGCCACCUUCACCAACAUGGAAGACAUACAGAAUCCUUAUUCUCUGUUUCCCCCUGAGGUGUCAGAUGGGAAGGAUCUGAGUGUGAUCACCAUUGGAGUAGGGGAGAGUGAGUCCCUGGGAAUCGGAGUUGAAGGUGGAAUCGGAACCCCAUUGGCUGACAAGAUCCUUGUGGCAGACAUUUAUGGGGCUGCCGAGAGACAGGGUGGGAUAGAGAAAGGGGACCAGCUGUUGAUGGUGAGUGGUCGCAGCUUCCUUGACCUCACGUCAGCCCAGGCCCUCAACAUCCUCCGCGAAGCCGAAGCCAACAACAUGGGUUCUGUGAAGGUGAUUGUGGCCAAGGGAGGACUGCUCAAUGAUGAAGAUGCUGUGACCUACUUCUAAUACAAGAUUGCCACAAACUAUUGGAACCAAGAGACCUGUUCCAACUAUCUAUCUGGUGGAUUUCUGUCACUGUAUUUCUUGGAGUUUAGAUAUACCAUACAUAAAACAAAGGAAAUAAAUCAAUAUUCUAAUCAGGUUGUACCUCUUAAACAUUACUGCAAGGUCUUAUAUUUGUCAUGAGCUGGUUUACAAAAGUCCUGGGCCUAAAGUUCAAUGUACAUGUAUGUGGUUGAAAUGGAACAACCUUCCUUGAUUUGCCCUCAGACAGAACUGCUGUGUCCAAAUAUUCUUUAUUCUUGUUCUUAUAUCCACGAUUCCAGUCAUUCAUCUUAUAUCUCUUAAAAUAAAGGUUGUUGCAUUUUAUGUGAACCAGACACUGUGUGAACCCAGUUAUAAAAUCUCUAACUUUAUUAUCCCAGAUAAAAGGUGCCCUCUCAUACAUUUAUAUAAUUAUACCUACAGAGCUUCCAUAAAGAAAUCAUUCCAAGGCUUUUCACAAGAAUCAACAUUUUAUGUUUAUAUUCAGACUUGACUUAAUUUACAUUUCCUAAACGUUCUUACAAUACUUUAGUGAGUUAUCUUGCUUCAUAAUGUCUACCAUUGUCUUCCUGUAGAUGUAUACGAGUGGAUUUAUUCCUAUAAGCAAGUAUUGAUCCAAGGUUGCAUAUUUUGAUAUAUUAUUUGCUCAAAUAUGUUUACUUAUUUGUAUACAAGAAGAAUUAUUCCAGUGUUUGAAUAAAUUUCAGUAAUAUUUUGGAUCAAAUUGAGUUUGGGAGAAUUUGAAGCUGAAAAUGCAUUUUACAAAUUUAUGCAUAAAGGUUGAACAGUAUUUGAUGCUGUUAUACAUGUUUGAAAGCUUGUGAAGUCAAGUUAUUGGGAUCUAGUUAGAAAGUUGCUGAGGUUUUGGCAUAAAGGGUUAUGUCCCUUAGAUGUGCUGUGAUCCUCUGAUUAUGGGUUUGAAUCCCAUGCUGAUGAUCCCUGGUUUGUCAGCACCCAACUUUUGUUCAUGAGUAUAAAAUACAUUGUCUAAAACCUGGAACAUUUUUUUUGAUGAUGCUCUCACAUUAAACGUCGAUGCCAUGGUGUAAGUUAUAUAGUGUUCUAAGUAGUGUGAAACUCACUCACUCACUCACUCACUCCUACACCAGUAUACGUUGAAUUGUUUAUGUUAAGUUAUCUUAUGGCAUAGGGUGAGACAGAAAUAUGAAACCUCACCGGGAGGAAUUUCUAUAUUUACUUAAAACUAUCAAAACUUUCACCAUGAACAAAAGAGUAAAGAGUUUGUGAGUGAGUGACUCAUUGAUAUUAUUAACAAUGAACACUUCCUUUGGAAUACAAUGACAUGAUAUCAAUUGAUAUCAACAGUGUUAACCAGCUUGACCACUGUAUCAAUCAUGGUCUUACCUCAACAAGCAUGAAUCCUGAAUCCCGUGACACUUGAAUCCUAGACAAACAUCUAGACACUGAAAUGAAAUAUUUUACAGAAAAAAAUUGUUCUUAAUUAGAUUUAUAAAAUAUCAUGAAAAGGAGACUUUCUUCAAUUUCAGAAACAUGUGGUAAUCUAGACUUGACACAUAUUCUAUGAAUCCCGGCUUGGCAGUAUAUGUCAAUGUAUGUAUUUGUAAACAUGUUGUUGACUGAUUUACUAGGCAAAUAUACAUUAAGUACGGAUCAAUAAGUCUAGUACUGUCAGUUUCACGAAAUAUUUUUACUGCAUAUGAUUGCAUCGAGGCUGUUAGUUUCAAAUUACUUUAAUGUGCCCUCAUGCUCUAAUCUUUGAGGUGAAAAAACAAGAAUGUGUGUUACCUAUUAGCCUUUCCAAAUAUAGGGUAGGUCAGUCAGGGUUGUUAAAAAGGUAAAAUUCUUCUUUAAAAUACACCAAUUUGCAGCAUAAGCCUGCCGUCACAUGACAACUUUUUGCCUUACUGAGGAUAGUGAUUGGUUUAUCUGUUUUGAAGUGCAACAAAUGACACUUAACAUAAACACAAAAUACAGAAAAAAUAUGUUACAAAUUGGAGGAAAAGCAAGAAAAAGAUGUCACAGAUCUUGGUCUCCAGAUUAGGGUUGCUAUGGAAACCAAAAAUUAUAUUUUGAUGGUGGCUUAUGUUAAUUAGACAACAGAAUUAUAUCCUACAAGGGUAUGAUGAGCUCAUCUGAUUAAAGUUAAGUGACAUGUGUUGAAAACAGAAAACUGUCCCCAUCAACAGAAGUAACAUGUGUUUUGAUAUUAAUUCAGCAGCACUAUGUGUUUCCAUGUAAAAUAACAAGAUUAUAAUAUUGUAUUCUGUAUUAGUUUCUAAUAAACACAUCAGUUUUCUGUUUACAAGGUGGCAGAAACUGUUGAAAUAUAGUAGUAACAAAAUUGUUUCUGUUAUGGAAUUUGGUACCAACUCUCUGGCAAUAUGUAUAUUAUAAGGCCCUUUUUAAUAUUUUCCUCACAUUAUAUGAUAUGACCUUUUCUUACGAUCAAGUGUCAGUUUUAUUACAGAUAUUAACCCAAGGUUGAUACCUUGUGUUAAUAUUUCCACAAGAUACAAGGACAUUUGCAAUAUAUCAAAAUGUGGAAUGAGGAGCAUUUUUCAAGAUGGAUAUUAUUAAAGUGAAAAGGUUAAAACAUGAAAGUGUAAGGAUUGUGCAGGAAACAUUUGUCCAAGAACCUAUAUGGAGUGCUGUUGACAACCACUGUUUAAAUUUGUCCCCAUGAAGAUUUGUCAUCAGCAAGCAAUGUGUGUUGUAAGAGGCGAUUAGUUAAUUAAUGAGAUCAGAUGAUCAGGCUUGCUGUCUGGUUGAUGCACGUCAUUGUAUCCCAGUUGUGUAGACUGAUGCUCAUGAUGUUGAUCACUGGAUUGUGUGGUGGAGACUGGGUUACAAACAGGGCAAGAGUAUUGCUGAGAGAGUGUUAAACAACAAUCAGCAUGUGCUCCACCAAUCCAAACCAUUUUUGCUGACUGCCAAAGUAUAAUUUCCUUGGACUCUUCCAUUACAUUCCGGGGCAGUGGUUAAAGUGUUCACUCGUCAUGCCGAAGACCCAGCUUGAUUCCUCAUGUGGGUACAAUGUGUAAAGCCCAUUUCUGGUGUCCCCCCCCCCUCCGCCAUGAUAUUGUUUGAAUAUUGCUAAAAGCGGAGUAAAACCCAACUCACUCACUCCAUUACAUUCCUGUUUUACCUUUUACCUGUAGCUGCAGCUGUUAAGCAAAUCAAAGUCUCUGUUCUGUGAUUUGUAUUGAUCAUAUUACAGUUUUACACAUCAAUUCAAGUCAUUAUACAAUCAAAACUGGUCAAUUUUUGAUUGUUUACCACAACUGUUUAUUUUUCACAAUAAACCCAUGUAUCCAUA